AUGAACUCAACUGAGGACGAAAGAAGUAGUGUCGCUAGUGAUAUUACCAACGUUCACGAAAUUGCUAAUACCGACGACUUACCUGUGUAUGCGAAAAGUCACACAAAUUUUAAAAUUUAUUACGUGAACGGCAGUGAUGGAUUUCAGAGAGGAGAACUAGGCUUAUCAAAUAGUUAUUUGGAGGGAAUUCUACAUUUCGGUUAUGAUAAAAAUAUUAAAAUAAAAUCGGUGAAUCUUCAUUUUAAAGGUGUCGAAAAAGUGGAAGGAAUUGAACCCGGACCCCGAGGUGGAAUGCGCAACUUUUCCUGCAUUCGUGUUUUGGCUGAGAGACACGAAAAGAUUGAAUUCAAGAAAACUGAACGUACGAUUAAAAACCGUGCAUUUAGAUUCAAACUGCAUUCAAAUCUAUCUAGCUCAUUUAAUCUGGAGGUCAAUCCGGAAAAUGGCGAUUCUAUGAAAGCACAAAUAAGUUACACUCUCACCGCAACUGUUCAUUCCGAAAAAAGUUUCGCCAUUGGCAGCAGAGCAGACACUAUUGAGGUCAAAUGUCCAUUAAGACAAAUAUUAUCUUAUUCUCAUACCCUUCCUCUUAUGAGACUGGAAGGCACGCAUUCUCCGACAAAUCAACCGCUUUUCACCUAUUCAUUUGAUAUUCCUGAAUACCUCGGCCUCGGAACAGAAAUCUUUAUUCCAAUGAAAAUCAGACUUCUUAAGGCCAAUGUCAGAAUUUUAAGGAUCGAUAUCUCCCUAAAGACAUAUGUAAAGUUAUCAUCCGAAAAUUCGGAAAGGGCUUCUAAAGUGGAAGAACACAUUUUAACUUCGGACGGAUUCAAUUCACCUACCGGAAAUAGAAACAUAGUUUUACAGGAACUUCCCAUAUUCAUUCCGGAUAACUUGGACGUUACUUAUUUCGGUACAUACAUAUCCAUCCAAAACGAACUUGACAUAAAAUUAAUGAUAGCCGGAAAAGGUCUGGAUUUACACAAGACUGUACCUGUAACAGUUACGACAGUUAAAAGACUGGAUCGAGUGGUCUCUCCUUCAGGAAAUUCUUUAUCCGAUGUACAAUCAUUUCAGGAUUUUGAAAGCGAGCAGGGAUAUUCACGUCACAACAGCUUGAAUAGUUCGGACUCUAUGAACGAUACAAGAAGUUAUUCUAGAGAGGGAAAUAAUACGCCACACACCGAAUAUACGUCAAGAAGUAACAAGCCACGUUCGGUGAUUUCUCAGAUCUCUUCUAAACCAGGGGUAACUGAAGCGGCUGAAAAACAGGGCAACUAA